CUGACCACAGACUGUUAUCCUAAUCCUCCUACAACAAAACCUUCAUCUACAACUCCACCAGCACCUCAACCUUCACCAGAAGAAAAAAUACUCAAAAAUCUGAAACGUGAUUUUAUCAUUGUAACCGAUAUGAUUCCAAGUGCAAAUGAUAAUGACAAAAAACAAGGGUUAAAAAGUUUUUUGGAAGGAUUUGGAAAACUGUUGGAAUUGAACGAAACUUUCAGUCGUAUUGCAUUGAUUGGUUUUGAUGCUAAGGGAAUUGUAUAUAUUGGUCAAUUUGCUGAAAGCCAAACCACUUACAGUGCUAAUAUUGGCAAGUUAAUGGCAGCAGAAGCUACAGGACCCGGUUAUGGAAAAUUGACAACUGCAUUGAAUGAGAUGUUAAAAAAUGAUUCCAAAAUUGAAUUACGGCCCUACACUGAUGCAAUUAUAAUUGUCGUUACUGAUAAUAUACCUGCCGAUCCAGAUACAUUGAUAAGAAGCAUAAAAGUGACAAUUAGUCAUUUACAAUAUUCUGGCUAUCAUUUAUCUGCAAUUACACCGACAAGCAAUUUUGUCAGGGCUGUAUUUAAGAACUUAUUUAAUAAUGAACAUUUGGUAUCUGGAAAUCAAAUUUUGUCCUACAAAAAUUUAGGCUCAGAGGGUGUUGCAUUUGCAAAAAAACAAGCUCUGGCCUUUGUCGACAUUGAUCCGCUACCAACAACUGUUGCAAAGGUUUCAAGGAUUGAUAUCAAACCAAUGAUUAGUAUUGCAGAAGCAAUCAACAAAGGACAGAGCGAUGUAGUCCCAACGACUGCAGAACCGACUUCAAGCAUUAAAAAUUGUUUGGAUGUUAUUAUUCUGAUGGAUCGAUCACAGUCAAUAUUGGAGGAUGUUUACAAUAGUUAUACAAAACAAUUUUUGAUAACAUUGGCUGAACAGUUUGAUUUCACUGGCGAAUCUAAUAAGAAUGGACUUUAUAGUCGUAUCGGCGUAAUACAGUAUGCAACAGAUGCUGAUCUGACUAUUGAUUUGGAGAAACGAUCAAGAGAAAAUUUUACAAAUUUAGUGACCAGAUUAGUGUCAUAUAAUGCUUAUCGUGGAAUGUCUAACAUUCAAAUUGCUCUUGAAAAAGCAGUUGAUGUGUUCAGAGAUCGUAAAUAUACACCAGAUCGUUCAGAAAAUAUUGGUACUGCACUGAUUCUGUUUAGCGAUGGAGGUGUUUCAUACGGUCAACAACCAUAUUCAAUAGCAGAACGUUUACGUGCUUCUGGAACAACAAUAAUUGCUGUUGUCGUUCAGGGUUCAGAUCCUUAUGAUGACGCUGAUCAUCAAAGUUUACUAAAUAUAACUGGUGGCAAUGAAAGAUACCUAUUUGAAGCUCUUAAUAAUAAAGAUUAUACAGUGGAUUUGGCAGAAAAUCUUACUGAUGCUAUACCUUGUCCAAAUAAUCCUACACAAGUCACUGUUCCAACGUCGACAACAGGAACUUUACCAGAUUCAUAUCAUUGCAAUCCAUUUAUAUUUGUUAUUGAAACAACUGAAUUAUUGCAAAAAUCAUUUUCUAAGAUGUUUAAUGCUGCCAAAAAAAUUGCUGAACUUUUCGACAGCUAUCACCUGAAUACAACAUUUUUGUUGGUAACAUAUUCAUCGCCAGAAAAAACUGCAUUACACAACGAUAACGGUCCUGAAACACUAUCGAAAUUUGCGGAACGAAUAGAUAAUUUAAUGAAUAAUACUGACUUGCUGUUACCAUAUUUCGAUGGGAGUACCUAUUUGAGCAGUGGUAUUAAGUUUGCCCAAAAAGCAAUAGAUGUUUUUAAAAACGAUCCUACAUAUGCUGGAUCACCGUAUGUAAUCUUUAUGGGAGAAGCUGAUAAAGGCGAAAUAUCUGAUAAAGACCAAGUACCAAACGAAGCAAGAAAACUACAUCAAUUGACACCAUACGUUUUUAUGGUCGAUCUCACUAGUACUAAAAACAGUGAUCAAGAACUUUUAAAGAAUGUUGUCUCAAAAGAUUCUUAUAUAAUCGGAGAACCUCGAAGGUCUGCAACUGAGGAUUCUAUCAGCAAAAAUACAAUUAGAAAAGUAUUUGGUUUAUGGACUGAUACCGUUUGUGCUCCACCGAAAAUUGGUUCUUGUCUCACCAAUCAUGCGGCUGACGUCACCGUUGUCAUUCAUUGUACCAGAAAUGAAACUCUUCAAAAUGAGAUUAAUAAUCUAGCUGCUACAUUUGUGUCUGCAAUGAAUAUGUUCGACGAUCAGUUUCAUAUUGGUGUUGUCACAUAUGAACUUCAAGAAGCAAUAGCCAAAGACGUCGGUGUUUACAAACUCGAUGAAUUAAAACACGAUAUUAAGAAAAUUCGUUGUUCACGGUUUGGUGACUCUAUCUCUGGAGCUUUUGAAUACAUCUAUAACGCUUCUCACGCUUACAACAGCUAUUCGCAAAAAAAACGGAGAAGAUUUGCAAAUCAAAUUGAAACUGAAACAGAACAUAAGUUUAGCAAUAUUGCGGCAUCUGAUGUGAAAAUAGCACAAGAUUUACUUAACAAGUGGAAAGCUGAAGAUUGUCGAGGAGCACCAAUAGUUCGUUUGAUUAGCAUUAAUUUGAAUGAAUUCACAGUACCAACAGUGGUGCAGAAUUUCUUUGGUGGUUUGAAAGAAAUGCAGCUCGGAAAUUUUGAAUCUGCAGAACAAGCAGACCAGACCACUUAUACUUCUGUACACUUUGUCAGAAAUGUUGUCGACACAAUUUGUAGAUGGACAGAUGACGAUCGAGCAGGUUAA